AUGGACGGGCUCGUCAUCAGUGGAACGCAAGUGUCCUACAUCGGCCAGGACUGCAGAGAGGUUCCAGAGCACCUCGGCAGGGACUGUGGACAUUUCGCCAAGAGGCUUGAUCUGAGCUUCAACCUUCUGAGGUAUGUAACUUCCACAAGAUGCAGACCAGGCCUGGGGGACCCAGUGCCCCUGGUAACAGCUGGCAGGUAA